CGAAACUUCGCCGCGCGCGGUUCACUCCAGUUUCCGGUCCGCGUUCGCCGAGUCUCAAGUCCGACUUCUCGCCGACAUCGAGUGCUGCUGCCUCGAGUGCAGAGUGGGUGUGCAGUGUGUAGGAAUACGAGCGUGUGUGCGUUCCGCUCAUAAUUUUGCGCGUUUGGUGCGUUGACAGCUGCAAGAGCGAGGAAGAGUGCAGAAAGUGCAGGCAGGCAAAGCAAAGGCCGACGCCAAACAAACAAACGAGGCAGAGGCCAACAGAAACAACCACACACCUGCUGCCAGCCGCCGCUUCUGUUUGUGCCCGUGUUUUUGGGUCCGGCAUAGAAAAGCGAAAUGGAGACGCCAAGGCGGCAGGAUAGCGAAUCGUGAUUUUCCGGCGAAGUGGAGGAGCCCCAGAGGAGGAGCGAGGAAGAAGACUCCCCGGAGAAAGAAAAGCAGCACCCAACGAGACUGUCACCGUGGAGCGCAGUGAAUGAAAAUAUUUUGGUGCAUUGAAAGUGCUUGUGCGUUGGGAAAUGCUCGAUCGCGAUCGCAGCUGAGGAUUAUUGAUUCCGUCGAAUUACGAAUUACGAAUUUCGAACUACGGGUUGCACAAUCCACAAUCCGUCCGCAUAAGACUGGAAACAAAUCCCCGGCAAACAGUUGCAGCUGCCUACUUUGGCUAAUUGAUUUUCACUUCGGUUUCUGUUUUCCCAUUUGUUUGUCAGCUGGUUUGCUGCUUUGUUCGUCCGCCUCUUGCAAUGAGGCGUCCGAAGGCUGCCAAUCACAACAAAAAUAACACCAAAAACAACUCGCCAAAUGAACAAAAACAAGCAGAAAAACACCAAGUACAUGAAGUGAAGCGGCGCGACAACUGCGUUUGCGCUUUUUUGCUGUUUUUUUAAUUAAUUUUAAGUGUCGCGUAGUCGGUUGCCCUUUUCGCCGGGUUGAGAAGAUAGCGUUGGAGCGGUGGCACCCUCCGGAAAUCGGCAAUUUAAUUUACAAUACAACAUUAGUACGGACGUAAAAGCGGAUAAAGGCGAGCAGCGAAAGGAGAACCGAAAAUGUUCGCCGGAAUAAGGAAGCGCCUGGCACGCAAGCAGAACGAGAAGGAUUGCGAUGAGGACGACAAGGACGAUGGGCUCGAUAGUAUGCCGCCGCCCCCGAACUACAUACAGAUCUCCCAGGGCAGGAUUCAGCUGGUUCAUCAGCCCAGGACGCCCGUGGAGUCUGAGGCUGGAACUCUAUCCCUGGAGAGGCAUGGAGGCUCUACCUCCGCAUCCGGCGGCUGUGAUAAGGAUGUGUUGGAGAAGCGAAUGAUUGAAGUUGAAGGCGCUCUGCUGCGUUUGCAGGAGCAGUUCCAGAAAAGCCAAUGCGGGUCGCCGACGUUCGAGAAGGAAUUGCGCGAACAAAUUGAGAACAUGAAUCGCAUUAUGAAAUCCAAAGAACGCAAGCAAAUGCAGACAUGUCGGGAUCACAAGGCACUGCAGACCCGCUUUGCCCGGCAGGAGAGCCUUCUCCAGUCUAUGCAACAGGAGAAUCGGUCUCUGCUCACCCGGAUCCGGCAGUAUGAGCACUGCUUGGACGACGUGAUGCGCAAGGUGGUGGACGCCAUCGUGGCGGAAGAUAAUCUGCGGGAGGAGGUGAGCAUGCUGAAGGGCAGGGUUCGGGAUCUGGAGGCCCAGAAUGCCGCCUUGUCCGCCAGUCCGAUGAAGGGCAGAGACGAGGGAUACUGCACCAUGAGCAGUGGACAGCCGCAGCCGUCGAAUGGCCACCUGGAGGACCUGCCCGAGGAACCGGAGCAGUGGCUUCUGCCCGCAGAGCCCUGCUCCACGGAGAUGGAGGACUGGAGCAUGUCGCAGGAGGAGCUGGCCGUGAUGACCUUCGAAGACGAGCGGGAUCAGCAGCACCACCAUCUCCAGCAUCCUCAGCAACAGCAGCGCAGGAAGAGGGAUCACGACUGGCUUUGGCCAUCCAGCGACUUUAUCAACUCCACCACCGUGGAAACGGAUUCAGUGGCCGACGGCAUUGCUCAGCUGCUGCAGCAGAAGAUCGUUUACUCCGAGGACGAGGAGGUGGCCUGCACGGACUUCACCAACGACUUCUACAAGCUGGUCAACAUCCGUUCGAACUCCUCUCGCAGCCUUUACUCCUAUUUGGAGGGUGAGACAGAUGAUGAGGACGAGGACGACGAUGAUGGCGAGGAUUCCAGCAUGUCGGAGAGCCAGGUGGGACCUGCAGGACGAACUGCGGGAGUUAGUCCCACGCCCAGCGAGGCGGGCAGGGCCCAGUUGACCAGCUGCUCCUCCAGCGAAACGGAUGAUCUGUCUGCCAGUCAGGCGAAGAAGGACGAGGAACCCGAUUACGCAGUAAUUGAUGAGUGCCGAAGGAGGGUGAGCGACAUAGAAAUCGAGGAUGUACCCAUGAUUGUGGGCAGCACGCCAAUGAAGCCGCUGGACGAGCAACAGUGCAUUGCCCAGAUCAUUAAGAGCGAGCUGCGACGACCUCCUCAUGCCCUGGUCAAGUCCAAAUCUGUGCUGGAGGAGCAGGAGCCCAGCUGCAUCCUGCGACACAAUCAACGCCGCGAACUGGAGUCCACCGUGGUGCGCAGCGACAGCAUCAGCUGUGCCAUGAUGACUAAAAUGGCCAAAGAGGCGGUGCCUCCGGCGCCCGGUAUGGUGACCAAGUUGAAGGAGCGGAUGCUCCUGCGGCAGGCCUCCACGCCUCCGACAGCCAGCCCCUGGCGCAGGAGCAAUGGCUGGAAGAGGGUCACCUCGCCGGUUCAUGCACCAGCGGCUGUUUCGCCAAAGAAGAAGGAAGCCAAGUCAACGGAGCCGCCAAAGAGUUGCCUGUCCAAGGCGCAGCCCACGAGAAUUCCAACGAGCAUCCAUUCGUCGGUGUCCUCGUCCUCCUCGAUGUCCUCGUCCUGUUCGCCAUCUCCCUCCUCCCCCUCGCCACAGUCCCCUCAGCAAAGGUCACCGGGUCAGCAGGCCCAGCAGCAGCGAAAAUCGAAGAUUCCUCCACCAGUUCCCGUGCGACGAUCCUACGCCAGUUAGGAUAAACCACUGCUAAAUCUCAAAUCAAUAAUCGUCAAGCUAACAAAUAUUUAAAGAUUAAAAAGACUAAAUUGUGAUAUAUUCAAACAAAACAGAACAGAACAGAGAUACAGAAGCAUUAAGAUGAUUAAGCGAUUAAGCUGAUUGUGGAGGAUCAAGCGAGUUUUGUACGUACGAAUACGAGUAUUUAUGUAUAUUGUAAAUUUUUUGAAGGAUGUUUUACCUUGUAAGCGGCACUGCCAAGUGUUUCCCCUGAAAAAGAGGAAAAUGAGAAACAAACCGAUAUGCUCGCCCUGCUCUAUACCCUGUAUUUUGUAGAGCAGAGGUCGCAGCACCCAGAUCAGUGGGUUACACUGACUAGAAUGGGACAAUUUGAUUGACUUCAAACUGGAUUCAAGCCACUAUUAGCUAUGGUCAUGACUAGAUGAACCACUACGUAGUCUUCCGCACAAGUCGAGUGUAUUCGUAGGACACGGUUAACACGCAAACUAAACCAAGUUAGUAGCUCCCCACACUAACUCAGUUGAACAUUUGCAUUUAAGGUGAAAUAUUUCGAAGUGUUUGCAAUGCGUAGAAAGCAUAAUAUUAUGCUUUACGAUAUAUAAACAUAUUUAUAUGUGGUUUCCAAGCGAACAUUGAACAUCAACGACAACUACACCAAUAAGCUGUAUAUACCAGUCGUUCUAACUAAUGACGAGCUCUUCUCCAACCGUAGUUAGCUCCUCAGGGGCAGCUGCCACCGACUAAUCCUCCGCAGCAGCCCCAUUCCUAUGCAUAUGCCUACACUAUAUAGAACAGAACGCACUACGACCGAGGAGGGAACUUAGAUGUAAGCUCGUAUAAACAUUAUAAAUGUAUUUUCUUAGCGUAGCGAGUACAAAAUAAACAAAAAGAAGUUACAGAAAAAUAAACUAUUGACCCAACCA